GAAGACACAGCAGUUAGCAUCAGCCUGGCACUGAGAGGAGCUCAUCAACCUUCAGCAUGAAGCCCGUGGCCUGGAAGCUGCUGUCUCUGGCCCUGCUGGGGUCCAGUCUCUGCUGCAUGGUCCUGGCUCAGGUCAAAGUGGACACCACCACCUCUUCAGGCAAGUCCUUCGUCAGCACCACCGCUACCACCGUCCAGACCGUCACGUCCUCCAGCAACAACAACGGCAACAAUGGCAACAACAAAAACCCAAGCGGCAACGACGCCAAUACCCCAAAGCCCAGCAGCAGCGGCACCAACAGCACCAACAGCUCCAGCAGCUCCACCAGCAGCUCCACCACCAGCAGCUCCAACCAUCAGGACGGGACCAACCAUCAGGACGGGACCAGCCUGCAGCAGCAGAGCGGCACCACAGUCAAACCAGCGAAGGGAAGCUCAGCGGGCGGAGGCAGCAGCUUCUCCUCCAUCAGUCUGCUGCUGGCCUCCAUCCUGGUCCAGGCCGCCUGCUGCCGUUAGGCUGAAGGUCAGAGGAGCUUCUGUGGUCCACCUGAGCUGAGGGCAGGUUAGAGGUAGCAGUAGAGACACAGCAGCAGCUCCAUCAGCCCUGUUGCUUUAUCCCGUAGGUUAACGUGUUCUUCUGAUUAAAUCUUAUAUAACUGAUAACGUUGUUUGGCUCGUUCAGACCGUGGGCGUCGUGGUAACCUCACAGCCGCUCUGAUUGGACGAACAGUCAGACUGUAGUGGUUGAUGCUGAGCUUUAAACCUGCUACUCUUGGUGUUGGUUCUGCUGCAAGAGAUUAAAUAUCUUUAUAUCCUCAGCAAAUAUGGGAAAAUAAAAUGAUAAGAAUGUGUAGCACCUGUAUUUAGAAUGUGAAUUUAAUAUUAUAAGGAAAUAAUGAAUAAAGAUAAAAAGAACAAAUCUUUGACUCCAGCUUGAUUUGGUUCUGAAAUGCGAUGUUUGGUGAAAUCCAAUGAAACCUCAGCAACAGGAAGCUAUUUCCCUUCAAACAUCAUUAGAACUGCUGUCUGUACC